AUGAAGCAUGUCUUUGAGCACGAGCAUAGGCUAAGCAUGCAGGUCUUCGAGAAACUGGGGCAGGAAGUUUGGACAAGGUGCUUCACAAUGAUCGCUUCCCGUACUGGAAUUGCAGCGUUUCUCCAAUUUGGAAAUAAGUUCACAGAAAGCAAGAAGAGCCCUGACAAGUUGUUGAAUCUGUUGAAAGUUUUUGCAGUCCUGGACGAUCUAAGAUCAGAUUUUUCUCAACUCUUUGGUACGAAAGCCUGCGCUGAAAUCCAAACCCUGACAAGAGAUCUCAUUAGAAACGUUGUUCACGGUGCUUGGGAGAUAUUCUGGGAGCUCUCCUUUCAAGUGGAACUACAAAGGCAGAGCCCUCCUCCAUCAGAUGGCAGCGUUCCGCUGCUCGUGAGCUUUGUCAUGGAGUACUGCAAUCAGCUGCUGGGUGACAAGUACAGGCCCACCAUGAUCCAAAUCCUGGUGAUCCACCAGAGCUGGAAGCAUGAAAAGUAUCAAGAGGGGCUAUUCACCAAUCAGAUUUACAACAUCGUGAAGGAAAUUGGGCUGAACUUGGAUUCGUGGUCAAAAGGCCUACCACGACCGCAAGCACACUCCUUCCUCUUCAUGAUGAACAACCACCACUAUUUCUGCAGUCUCAAAGGCACGAAGCUUGGCGACAUGAUGGGCGAGUCUUGGCUAAGAGCACAUGAGCAAUACAAGGAUUACUAUUCCACGCUCUACCUGAAGGAGAGCUGGGGAAAGCUUCUAGCUCCUAUUACACAAGCCGCUACCGAUCUAACAGCUGAAGAGGAACCAAUAGAUAGAGACCUUCUCAAGAAGAGGCUGAAGGCAUUCAAUGAAGCUUUUGAUGACAUGUACAAGAAGCAAUAUAAUUGGAUCAUCCCUGAUGAAGAUUUGAGGGAAAAGAUGUGCCAACGUGUGGUGCAGGCCAUCGCGCCCAUUUAUGGGAGUUACAUAAAAAAAUACACAACUUCGAUCACUCCAGACGACAGUGCCCACCGCUAUAUCAAGCAUUCUGUGCAGAGCUUGGAGAACAUGCUCGGCUCUCUCUUUCAACCAAAGCACAGAAAGCUCGGAAAUAGUAAGAGUGUCACGACGAAUUACCCCAUCGACAAUAUGAAAAACGCAAUGACCAGUCAACUCUACCUUACUCUGACUGCUGCUUAG